AUGAGUAGACAUGCAAGCCAGUUUUACACAGUGGAGGUUGGUGAUUCCUCUUUCACAAUCCUUAAACGCUAUCAGCAUCUUCGACCGAUCGGCUCUGGUGCUCAAGGAAUUGUUUGCGCGGCUUGUGACACACUGACAAACACAAAUGUUGCCAUUAAGAAGUUGAGUCGCCCUUUCCAGAAUGUCACACAUGCUAAAAGGGCUUACAGAGAGUUUGUGCUCAUGAAACUUGUCAACCACAAAAAUAUUAUAGGUUUACUGAACGCUUUCACACCACAGAAAUCUUUAGAGGACUUUCAGGAUGUAUACCUGGUAAUGGAGUUGAUGGAUGCCAAUCUUUGUCAAGUGAUACAGAUGGACCUGGAUCAUGAACGCAUGUCAUACCUCCUCUACCAGAUGCUCUGCGGCAUUAAACAUUUACACUCUGCCGGUAUUAUACACAGGGAUUUGAAACCAAGCAAUAUUGUGGUCAGAUCUGAUUGCACCCUGAAGAUUCUGGACUUUGGUCUGGCCAGAACGGCAGGGACUGGGUUCAUGAUGACACCUUACGUGGUCACAAGGUACUAUAGGGCUCCAGAAGUCAUCCUAGGCAUGGGAUAUAUGGCAAAUGUUGACAUCUGGUCUGUGGGUUGUAUAAUGGCAGAACUAAUACGAGCAACUGUGAUGUUCCCCGGCUCUGAUCACAUUGAUCAGUGGAAUAAAAUAAUUGAACAGUUAGGUACUCCAUGCCAGGAAUUCAUGGCCCGUCUGCAGCCGACAGUGAGAAAUUAUGUAGAAAAUAGGCCGAAACACGCUGGACAUAGCUUUGAGAAGAUAUUCCCAGAUGUUCUGUUUCCUCCUGACAGUGCAGAGCAUAACGGCCUGAGAGCUAAUGUUGCAAGGGACUUGUUGUCAAAGAUGUUAGUGAUUGACCCUGACAGGAGGAUCUCUGUAGAUGAGGCUCUCAUGCAUCCAUACAUUAAUGUGUGGUUUGAUGAGAGGGAAGUUAACGGGCCAUCACCUGGCCCAUAUGAUCAUGCAGUAGACGAAAGGGAGCACACAGUGGAAGAGUGGAAAACUUUGAUUUAUAAUGAAGUGGCUGACUACCAAAAAAGAGAUACAGGUCAAGGCAUUAUGCAAAAUGAAAGUGGCGGUGCCAUGGAGACGGUGACAGGAGAUAGUAACACAACAGCAAGAGGCCCAUCAGCCACACCAGCUACAAACACACAGAAUCACCACUAA